ACUAAAUCGAAGUAAAUAAACAACGUUUGCUGAAGUCAAUGGCUUGCUAUUAUUCUUCUUAUCCAUAUGUUUCAGUGCCCAUUUUGAUGUUCUAUCUUUUGGCUCCCAGCUCUUUUCUUGUUGCAUUCGGUAAUUUUUACCAGGAUGUUGAUGUCACUCGGGGAGAUGGCCGUGCAAAGGUUCUGAACAAUGGCGAGCUUCUCACUCUUUCUCUUGACAAAGCGUCUGGCUCCGGAUUCCUAUCCAAAAAUGGGUAUCUCUAUGGAAAGAUUGAUAUGCAGCUGAAGCUUGUUCCAAACAACUCUGCUGGCGCUGGCACUGUCACAGCAUACUAUUUAAAAUCACCAGGAUCAUCCUGGGAUGAGAUAGACUUUGAAUUCCUGGGAAAUUUGAGUGGUGAUCCUUACAUUCUUCACACCAAUGUGUACACUCAAGGCAAAGGUGACAGAGAGCAGCAAUUCUACCUCUGGUUUGAUCCCACUGCUGAUUUUCACUCCUAUUCAAUCCUCUGGAAUCCAGGCCACAUUGUCUUCUAUGUUGAUGGCAGACCAAUCAGGGAGUUCAAGAACCUUGAAUCAAUGGGAGUUCCCUACCCGAAGAACCAGCCAAUGAGAAUGUAUUGCAGUCUCUGGGAUGCUGAUGACUGGGCGACAAGAGGGGGAUUGGUGAAGACAGACUGGUCACAGGCACCCUUUACAGCUUCCUUCAGGAACUUCAAUGCCGAGAAUGCUUGCGUCUGGGCUAAUGGAGCGUCUUCUUGCAGUUCAAACUCCAGUGGGAAUCCAUGGUUCUCUCAGGAACUUGAUUCUGCAAGUCAAAAGACGCUCAAAUGGGUGCAGAAAAAAUUCAUGGUUUACAAUUACUGCACUGACACCAGGCGGUUCCCUCUUGGCCUCCCUCAGGAAUGCAAAGUUACAGCCAAGAAGUAGGACAACAACUUCUUUUUAAGCCAUGCUAUGCUUAAUAUUUGCUUCAGAAAUUUACUUUGUUAUCUUUUCAUUUAAGCAUCAUUCUUACAAGUCUGAUGUAUUUAAAUAAUUAUUUUAAGUAAUAACCUGUUUGAUUUGCA